AAUGGAAAGAACCCCGUGCCUUGGAAAUACGGGCUGAACUUCAGCAUCAGUAGCAGCAAACCAGCGUUAAUCGCUCGGAGCAAAAACCCCAAGUUCUAAAACCCCCUUGUAACGCAGUCUAUCUGGAAUUCUUCUUUCAUAAAUUCGGCUGCGUAAUAGCAUCCGAAGCAAGAUUAAUGGCGUAUAGGCGGAGCAUCACUGCUCGAGCCAAACUUCUUCAUCAACAGCACCGAGUUGCUCCUUCAUUUUCGCAUGUUCCUCGCGAUGAUGACGAUCGUGGAACUCCGCUGCAUCAUAGCCCCAUUUCGAAGAACCCUGAAAUCCCUAGUAACUUCCAGCACCGCUUAUUCGGGAUGGGAAAUAAUGUGGGCACCUUUCAUAGGUCGAGAAAUCUGUUUCAAGAUCGGAGAUUUGGGAUUCCGGCGGCUUGUAGUCCGGUGUUUGUGAGGAAUAUGUCGAGUCUUGGAGAAGGGCCGGCCGACAAGAUUGAGAUAAUGACUGAUGUGUUGGGGGAUAAAGCCGUAGAGGUGGGUUCGCAGGUGGGCCCGGUGGCAAAUGAGGUGGCGGUUGCUGCAGCGGACUCUUUCUUUCCGGUGGCUGCUCUCCAGUACUUGAUUGAUUAUAUACAUAGUUUCACUGGGUUUAAUUGGUGGGCUUCAAUUGUUUUGGCAACUCUAUUGAUUCGUGGGAUUCAGCUCCCUCUAAUGAUAAAUCAACUGAAGUCCACUUCAAAAUUUACACUUCUACGGCCACGGUUGGAGGAGAUUAAGGAAGAAAUGCAAAGUAGGAGUACGAGUCCUGAUGCUGUGGCUGAAGGUCAGGCACGGAUGAAGGAACUAUUCAAGGAAUAUGGUGUUACACCAUUCACCCCUUUGAAGGGAAUUCUAAUUUCAGGUCCCAUCUUUUGCAGUUUCUUUUUUGCUGUUAGGAACAUGGCGGUGAAUGUUCCAUCUUUUAAAGAGGGAGGAACUUUGUGGUUUACCGAUUUAACAACUCCAGAUAGCAUGUAUAUUCUUCCAAUUUUGACAGCACUGACAUUUUGGAUUACCGUGGAGUGUAAUGCUCAAGAAGGUCUGGAAGGUAACCCAACUGCUGGUACUAUCAAGAAUUUUUCGAGGGUCUUGGCUGCUUUGACAGUCCCUUUCACCGCAACUUUCCCGAAAGCUAUAUUCUGCUACUGGAUUACCUCCAACCUGUUUUCGCUCACAUACGGAUUAGCGUUAAAGAAGCCCGGGGUGAAGAAAUUCUUGGGCGUGCCAAUAUUACCCAAGGCACAACCUCCAACCGUUCAAAAACCAGCCUUCGACGCGCUCAACAAGUACACGGCACCCCAACAACAGCAGUCUGUAUCGUCCUCUAUUCAAGCAUCACCAAAACCCACCGCGAAUCAAAGAAUACCCUCUUCGUCCGUCCUCAGUCAAAGGAUUAAGAGCUUGGAGAAAGAGGUGAAGGGAAGGAAAAAAGACAAGAAAAGGUAAAAUGCUACCAAGUAAUUGAUAUGUAUGUCAAUAGCACGAAUAGAAUAAAUAUAAUCUUGUCCGGAUGGAUGUCUGGAGAACACGUUGUAUGUUCUAUCAGAACAGGACUUGCUGGAAAUUGGGAGAGAGUGAUGGAUGGAUGCAUUACUCCCAAUUUUGUGAAGGAGCCACACUUGUAUGCUCUGCCUAUGUCUCAAACAUUGUCGAUCACAGACAUUUUGAAGGAAUAUUAAAGCUUUUUUUGAACUUCUUGCUAUAUAUAAUGCUUUUAGUGGAA